GUGAACUGCUGUUGCAAACACAUCUAGUCCAUCUCUUGUAUCCUCGACACCGCCUCAUCCCAAGCCUGGUCCCCUUAUGCGGCGCUUCAGCUCAGCCUCACCUGUUGAGACAGGCAGCGGACACCUGAAUGGAGCACUAACUCGACUUGCCUCCAGCGAAGUCAACACUUCAGCCAUGCACUCAGUAGAAUCGUUAAAUCCAAAACGAUCCCGUCUAACGCUCAACAUGCGCAACUCUGCUCGCAAUCUCCUUCAGCGGCGGCCCAAAUCUUCGACCUCCUCCUCAACUUCCAUCACUACUGAGCUCCCAGCCAUUUCGCCUCCACCUCUCGCACCCGGCGACCAGCCAACGCCCAUACCACUAGGCCAAAAAGUGUCAGCAAAAGAAAUUCGGGACCUCAAUGAGCUAAUCCGAAAACGCUAUGCGCUGGACGUUGAGAUCUGGAGCAAGCGGGAUUGCAGGCCCCGUGACCGUAAAGUCAUCGAGGAUAAGAUGCGCCGCUCAGACGCUACGCUCACGAAGAUUAUGAGCACUGUGAGGAGUUGGGAUCGGCUUGAGGUGUGGGAAAGUGACGCAGAUUGGCAGAGAAUGAGGGCUAUUAGGGACAGGUUGGAGGGGGAAGGGGGGAAGAGAAUUUGGAAGGGUAAUCCACCGUGGGAUCCUUAGUGCGAGUUGUGGAAGCCAAGGUGGUCUUCUGAUAGAUCAGCAAACAAAUCAAUCACCCACACUGGGUCUGUG